GAGAAGUGAGGGACGGAGGGUUGGAGGGAUGCAGGAGAGAGAACGGAGGGGUGGAAGAGCAGAGGGAUAGAGCCUCAGUGUCAGAAGGAGGAAAAAGGGGAUUUCCAGCAGAACAGGAAGCAGGAGUGGGAUGUCACAGCUCAGCACGGGUGCCUGUGUGCUGGGAAGAACAUUUGGGAUGGCAGCUCUGUCCCGCUGCAGUCAGUGGCCGCAGCACUGGCUGCUGUCCUUAGCCUGACCCGCUCACCCCAGCUCCCACUGCUGGGUCCCACAUCCCUGGCAGAUAAUGGAGGAACCAGGCAGCUCUGUGCUCAGCAGACUUUUGUUCUGCAGCACUGGUAACCACUGAUUAUUUGAAAGUCUUUCCUUUUUCCCUCCCAGUCAGAGUUUGCCAAUAACCAUACAUUUUCAAAGGGGUAAAUAUUUGGGUCCACUGAUUGAUGGACACAGUGAUCAGAGUGAGAAUGUCCCAGUUCUGUGGAAUAUUCUCAGAAGAAGUACCCGUGGAGAGGCAGGGGAGGGUUUGAUAUGCUCUGAUAACCCCCUCUCCUCCAUGAGCCCUUGUCUUUCCCAGGGCCUCACUUUCCCCAGCUUGGCUUUCCACCUGCUCUUAUUAAAAACAUUAUCAACAUCCCUCUGCAGAUCCCAGGCUGAGUCCUUUGUUUUGUGAAGCCAAAGUCCCCAGAGGCUUCUCUUCCUCCACCCAGAAGCGCUUCAGUGACACGCGUGAUGUCACGUCUGUCACCGGCAGGAGAUUGCAGGGGGCGGCCGCUCUCUGAUCCACUGACAGUGGAAGUUUCUUUUUUCUGGAGAACUUCUCCCUAAAACAAAAGUUUUCCAUUAAAAAGGUAGUUUGACAGUAUCUAGUGUGGAGACACGGCCUGCAUUUAAAGAGAUGUUUGUUUUCUGUGGCAGCAGCACCUGGCCCCCACGGCUCCUGCCCACUUCUCAGAGCUUUGGCUCAUUUGUACAGCAGUUCCUCUGUAUCAGGGUCAGUUCUGGGGCAAGAAGCGCCAGUUUCGGUUCUGCCACGGUGUGUGGAGCCACUCCGUGGGUCAGCACACAUCACCAACACAGAACCAGGGCCAGGCAGUGCAGCCGAGGUGGCUCCCAGAUCCUUGGGCUGGUGCAGGACUGACAUGCUGGGUCAGGUUUAAGAAUCAUUUUAGUUGUGAUUUUCAGGAAAACAACAUUUUUCUGUUUGGAAAUGGGGGUUUGAGCAGCUUUAUAUGAAAUCUGCAGGCAAGAUGAAAGCCUGUUUUCCCCUUUAUUAAAUUUAAAUGAAGGCUGCUUUUGAAAAAGAAAGGAAAAUAAAAUCAAAGGUUUUCUCACAAAUAUCAGAUCCAUUAUCAGCCAUUUUCUGGUAAAAAGUCUUGAACAGUUUUACUACCUCCUUCCCCGGUGAGAAGCCCCCCUGCCCAGGGUGUCACUUUGUCCUGGGGCUCAGUCCUUGGGAGCUUUUCCCCCAGGUUCUGCAGCACCACAUCUGUCCCCAGGGAACCUCCCAGGAGCCCCCAGCACUGGGAGCAGAGGGUCUGCGGAAGGGUCCCGCAGAGAGCUCUGUAAUGGGGGUCCCACAGAGGGGAUAGCAGGAGCAGGUCCUAAAAGUCCUCUUUCCCUUGGCACCAGGCUUGUCAGGCAGCCUGGGAACCUGUGCAGGGGAUCAGGUGACUUCAGCUGCAGCUGGUGCCAGCUCUGGCACCUGCUCACGUGGCUGCCCUGGCGAGCUGAGGUGAGAGCAGAGGCAGCAGGGUGGGCUCCUGCGUGCCUGCCGGGGGUCACUGCUGCUUGGCUGAGAAGUAAAUCAAUCCCCCAAGCCAUCUGGAUUUUGGGUACCACUGUCCCUGCCCUGCAGGAAUGGCUGGGUGAGAGUUGGUGGGUGCUGCUGCCUCUGGGGGGGCGAGGGGAGCUGGGAAUGGAGCCAGCUGCCAGGCAAGGGUUGGUGGUCACCAAUGCCUGGUGGGCACUGGGGCCGUGCUCCCUGCCAGAGCUGCUCCCGUGGGGCUGUGGCUUGGAUGGCUCCGACCCUUUUGUCUCAGGUGUUCCAGGCAAACCUGUGGGUGCAAAGGUGAGGCUUCUGUGGGCUGAAUGUUUUCGUGCUGCUGAAGCGAGGGCGUACCAGGCUCUUAUCUCGAGAGUGGUGGCGCUGGCCGAGGGGCCGGGUGGGGUGGCACAAGGAUUGGGCAGGUGGGUGAAACCAGGAGAGGUAAAACAGCAAAGGGAAGGGAAACGUGUCCACACACACACGGCGCUCAGCCUGGUGGCUGGAAAAUCUGGAAUCCAGCAAGGAAUGUGCAGCGAGUGGAGAACCUGUUGUGCAGAUGCUGCUGCCUGAGAAGUGGGUAUUUGGGGGGCUAAUCAUGGAGCAAGAGAGGAAAAUAGAAGUAAAAUAGCACAAAGAAGUGAAAGCCAUGAAAAAAAGCUACUUUAAGGGACCAGGUGGUGAGUGAGGAGCUGGUGGAGGCUCUGGCAGGGGCAGCCAGGGCAAGGGAGGGCAGGGUCUGCAGGAUGUGCCAGGGCAGAGCCUGGAUCUCCCCAAUUGUGUUGGGAAAGAUGAGAGGAGAGAUUGCACCAAAACUAAACUUUGGAGUGGGAGGAGAAAUGAUGAAAGAACCCCAAAUUUCACAACUCCAAAGGCUCAGGGACAGCAGCCACCAGCGCUGGCCCCGGGUGCAUCCGUCCUGCGCUGUUGGGCAGGGGGAGAUGGAUGAGUGGCCGGGGAGCUCGGCACAAGCCACUGGCAGAGGGGACAUUGGCAAGUGUCUGCGUGACCCCGGCGAGUGGGAGAAGGAUGGGCAGGCGAGGGUCUGCAUCGGGAAAUGAGCUGGAGGGACCCGAGCCUGGCCCAAAGGGCCGGACUUGAAAACUAAAGGUUCUUAAGGCCUGGAGGAGGGUUUGGUUCCCAGCAGCGGCACUGGAGAGGGACCCUGAGCGCGGUGGGUGAAAGGCUGCGGGUGCAGCCGCGGCUCUGGAGGUCCAGGCUGGGCAGGAGGAGGAGGAGGAGCUGGAGGAGGUGCCUGUGUCGGUCCGGGAGCAGUGCUGGGACAGGAGUGUGUGCCGUGUUCUCCUGCCCGGGCACCGUCCUGCGGCAGCACCGCGGCCCGGAGCAGGGGGGCUGGCACUGCUCUGCAUUCCGGGCUCUGGGCAGUUUCCUGGGGGAGUGAAAUACAUGACCCCACCUCACUUGCCGGUGUAUUGGGAAACGGUGUUUCCAGCUGCCUUGGCAAGUCCCGAGGCGUGAACAGGGAAGUGAGAGCGGGAAGUGAAACAGCCGCCCCUGCCCUGUUCCUGCUUCCCCGUGCGCUGCUUGUGCAGCAAAUCUUCUGCAGCGUGUCCCGGGGCUCGCGUGUGCGAUGGAGACAAGUGCCGAGAGCCAUGACAGCGUAGGCCGGCGGCGGGAGAUGAUGAAUCGGUUCAGCGAGUGCGGGACGCAGACGGACGCGGUGGUGGUGCUGUCCCUGGCACAGGCUGCGGUCCUGGGCCUGGUGUCCGAUAAUGAGCUGCUUGGGGCCACCGUCACCCCGACCGGCUUCUUCCCGGGGCUGGCCGGGGAGCAGCUGGACAAUGCCACCAUGGAGCCUGGGGAGCCUGAGGGUGAGGAGCAGGCGCUCGGGGACGGGCAGGACGAGGACACCCUGGAAGCAGACUCCUCCCUGGAGAAGCACGCCCGCAGGAGGAAGAGGCCACCCGUGAGGCUGAUGCCCAAGGUCAAGAGUGAGAAGGCGGAGGCGGAGGCAGAGCCACCGUACAGCGUGUCCGUCCCUGGGGACGAGGAGGGCGAGGGGCAGCACGGCCACGAGCCCCAGCCCGCAGAGCCCAGCCAGGAGCCGGCGGUGCAGAGCGGUGCCGUGAAGAUGAUCGACCUGGACACCUUCAGCAGGAAACCCCGACGCCUGCGGCACCUGCGCCGGCAUCGGGAGCUGGAGGGCACCGAGCGCCGGCGCAGGGGCGGUGACCUGGCCAGCGGCACCGCGGGGGCCCCGCAAACCGUGGGCACCUUCGAGGCGGGUGCCCCGUCCCCGGGUGAGGCAGAGGCCCCUGCACCGGCAUCCCCCGAGCAGGUGAAGAGCGAGCAGGGCUGUGGCUGGCAGGAGCCGGGGGAGCUGGAGGCGGCCGGAGGCACUAGCGAGCACAGCAGGAAGGCGCAGCUGGACCGGCUGGACAUCAAUGUGCAGAUCGAUGACUCCUACCUGGUGGAGGCGGGGGACCGCCAGAAGCGCUGGCAGUGCCGCAUGUGCGAGAAGUCCUACACCUCCAAGUACAACCUGGUGACCCACAUACUGGGCCACAACGGCAUCAAGCCCCACUCCUGCCCACACUGCAACAAGCUGUUCAAGCAGCCCAGCCACCUGCAGACCCACCUGCUGACCCACCAGGGCACACGGCCCCACAAGUGCGGGGUGUGCGGCAAAGCCUUCACUCAGACCAGCCACCUGAAGCGGCACAUGCUGCUGCACACCGACAUCAAGCCCUACAGCUGCCGCUUCUGCGGCCGCGGCUUCGCCUACCCCAGCGAGCUGAAGGCGCACGAGGUGAAGCACGAGAGCGGGCGCUGCCACGUGUGCGUGGAGUGCGGGCUGGACUUCUCCACGCUCACCCAGCUGAAGCGGCACCUGGCCACGCACCAGGGCCCCACGCUCUACCAGUGCCUGGAGUGCAGCAAGUCCUUCCACUACCGCAGCCAGCUGCAGAACCACAUGCUGAAGCACCAGAACGUCCGGCCCUUUGUCUGCACCGAGUGUGGGAUGGAGUUCAGCCAGAUCCACCACCUCAAGCAGCAUUCGCUCACGCACAAGGGCGUGAAGGAGUUCAAGUGCGAGGUGUGCGGGCGGGAGUUCACCCUCCAGGCCAACAUGAAGCGGCACAUGCUGAUCCACACCAGCGUCCGGCCCUACCAGUGCCACAUCUGCUUCAAGACCUUCGUGCAGAAGCAGACGCUCAAGACCCACAUGAUCGUGCACUCACCGGUGAAGCCGUUCAAGUGCAAGGUCUGCGGCAAGUCCUUCAACCGCAUGUACAACCUGCUGGGGCACAUGCACCUGCACGCCGGCAGCAAGCCCUUCAAGUGUCCCUACUGCUCCAGCAAGUUCAACCUGAAGGGCAACCUCAGCCGGCACAUGAAGGUCAAGCACGGGGUGAUGGACAUCAGCCUGGACAGCCAAGAUGCCAUGAUGGAGCUGGCUGGGGCUGACCACACCGAGCUGGAUGGCCAGCAGGAGAUGGAUGACUUCGAGGAGGAGAACUCUUACGGCUACGGGGCUGUGGGCAACCCCCCAGACGAGCACACGCUGGCCGAGCAGGCCAUGAAGGAGAUGGCCUACUACAACAUGUUGUAGCCAAGCCUGGUGGGGCUGUGGGGGCUUGGUGGGGUUAAGAGGGGCUGCAGCACCCAGCCAGGCCCCCCAGAGCUGGAAGGAUGGCUUCCACCGGGCUUGGGGAACACAGGGAUGUCCGGAAGACUUUGCUGGACCUGCCUUGACUCUGUUGCUGCCCCCCUGCCCCUUCCUGCACCCUGCCCCUGGUGACUUGAAGCUGCAGGCAGGGGAGGCAUGACCCAGCAGAUCACUGAAUAAGGGAUGGAAGGGGCUGCUGUGGAGCAAGAUGAUGAGCAUCACUGAUUAUUCUACCUCCUGGGUCCCCCCUCGCUGCACAGGGGUUCUCCCUGAUGGGCAGAAGCCCCUGCCCGCAUGAGGAGGUGGGUUUGCAUUUCCCACUCCCCCCAGGGCUCCCUGUGCCAGGCCCUGGGACGCAGAACAGAGUAUUUUCAUAGCUCAGGGUGCAGUCAGCGCCCACAGCUCUGGGUCUGGAGCUGCAGCCAGCGGUGGAUCCGGGGGAGGCAAACCCAGCCCAGCCUCAGCAAAUGAUGGUAUUUUGAAAGUAAUUUAUUUUUUUCAGAUGUGCCGCGUGGUUGGAUUUAUCUUUUCACUGAGUUCAGUUCCCUUCAACCAAUGUGCUUUGUAAACCCG